AUGAUCCACAAAUGUCCAAUAUGCUUCAGACACACCAGAAACAAUUUACAGCAACUCAUGGGAAGCCUGAGACCAUUCUCCCACACUAUAGUAUACUAUGCAGGUCCUAUUGAAAUUAAGGCGUGGAAAGGACGGGGAGACAAGACCUUCAAGGGAUACUUCGCAAUUUUCAUUUGCCUAUCCACAACGGCCAUUCACCUGGAAACGGUAUCAGACCUUACAACCCAAGGAUUUUUGGCAGCUCUUCGUCGCUUCACUGCAAGACGAAAGGCUAAACACGACUGGAAGGAAAUCGCAAGCGUUGUAGCCAAUUCAGAAACUAACUGGAAUUUUAUUCCUCAAGCUUCUCCUCACUUUGGUGGCCUUUGGAAAGCUGGAGUGAAAUCUAUAGAAGCCUGCUUCAAUUCCAGACCUCUAUCGUAUAAUAUAGAUGACCUUGAUGUGUUAACUCCAGGACAUUUUCUGAUUGAAGAACGCCUGUCCAGAAUUCCGCAAGGGCACAUAUCGAACCCAGAGAAGAUGAGUUACCUCGACAGGUGGACAAGGACUCAAGCAUUCGUCGACUCGUUCUGGCAGAAAUGGAACGGAGAAUAUCUUUCUCGGUUACAACAACGACCCAAAUGGACCAGAAAAGAAGCCGUACCUAAAAUUGGAGAUCUAGUUUUAAUUAAAGAUGAAAGGUUGCCACCAUCCCAAUGGUUACUAGCCAAAAUCACUGAAACACAUCCCGGAUCUGAUGGGUUAAUCAAAGUCGUAACACUAAAAACAAAGAGUGGAAUAAUAAAACGCCCUAUUUCAAAAUAUGUUACCUUCCAAUCUACGGGAUCAACAGCUGCAUCGUCGGCAGCAUCAUCGGCAGCAUCAUCGGCAGCAUCAUCGGCAGCGUCAGCGGCAACACCAACAGCCACAGCAGCCCCAUCAGCAACAACAAAACACAUACACUACACAAACACAACACUGUUUUAA